UUUAUUUUCAGUCAUCUGUUAUUGUUUUAAAGGAGUUAAACUUGUUUCAAUCACAUUAUUCUUCUUUAGUAUUUCAGAAUUUUUAUUCGUUUCAAAUAUAAUCUUAUUUUUUAAUACGUAUCACAUUUGCACAUUUGGACGUGACAGUUCAGAAAAUAGAUUACUUCUCAAGUCAACGAAAAAUUCAAGUUUUUGAACAAGCUAAGUUGUAUAUUUUUUUGGUCCAUUAAAAUAGAGUUUUCGGUUAUUGGUUUGUGGUUCUGUUAUCAGUUGACUUCAUCCUAAUAUGAUUGAAAAGCUAGAACUGGGUAUCAAUUGUGAACGUCAAGUGUAGGAAGUUAGUGUCCAGUUGCAGAAGAGCUAAUCCCUAGAAUGAGAGGACGUUGAGCCAAAAAAUGUGCCAACUUUCAGUAUUUGGAUCCGAUGGUUUUAAGAAGUAACAUGAAAUAUGGAAAUGUCGGAAAAGAAGUAACAAAGAGAUGGGGCAAUCUUCGGGAUGCGUUCUCAAAAUCGAAGAGGAAGAUACAAGAGCGUAAGAAAAGUGGAGCUGGUGCCCGUAACAUUAAGAAGUACGUCUACGCUGACCAAAUGCAAUUUUUAAAUAAAUUGUUCCAGACGAGGGAAAUUGCAGAAAGUUUAGAAGGUAGAACGGACAACAAUGAAGAUGAAGAUAUUGAUACUUUACCCGAAGCUCCACUACCCACCAAGGAGACUAUCCGUGAGAACCCCAAACCGCGAGAACACAAAAGACGUCGCCAGCCUGAUGAGGUUGAGCUAAAAAAGAUAAAAGCAUUAGAAGAACCACCACUUAGUCCUCAUAUUUCUUUCUUUCAAGGUCUUUUGCCACAUUUGAACAAUUUCGACCACAGUGAAAUUCUUGAAUUCCAAAUGGGUGUUUUGAAAGUUAUUUCUAAAAUAAAAAACAAACGUAAAAAUACUACUCAACCUCAACCCCUUCCACCGCAAACACCUUCCUGUGAAAUUGACGGUGAUUGUUGAGUCGGUAAUUGUUGAGUUGGUGGUUGUUGAAUUCGUGAUGCUGGGUGUUAAUUUCUAAUUGACUGAUUAUUUUCUAUUGUAUUUAUUGUUUAAUCUGUGAAUGAAACUGGAUAAGCGUUUUCUUUCAGAUAUAAUGUAUCAAUGAUACUUCUUUAUAAAAAUUUU